UCUCGCUUCUUCUUCACCCGAACAAUACGAUAGUCCGGUUCAGUUGCCGAUCGGCCGAAUCGGUGGAUGGACGGACUGCUCAAUUCUUUUCUUUCCAUCAUUCACCGACCCGUGAGCCGGACUUUGACUCUCGGAUCUUCGGAAGACGCGGACAUCUAGUUGUACACAAACAAACAGCGAGCUUUGUUUUGCCUAGCACGUAACAGCAUGGAGAAAGUGACGACCGAGGAACAGGCAGUGAUUGCUCGACUCAAUGCCAACUGGAUAUGGGUGCAGGACUGGAUCGACUCGUCCACGGAAAACACAGCUGGUCGACUUGUAUGGUUUACUCGCACGGAACACUUUCCAGCCACACCCACGUCAGCUGUGUUGCACUUCUCUGCCGAUACACGAUACAAGCUUCUCGUCAAUGGCAAGCGAGUCACCGUUGGACCGAGCAGAAGUAGUCCAGCGAUAUGGUUCUACGACUCUAUUGACCUUGCUCCCUACCUGCAAGCCGGUAAGAACAUUAUACGAUUCGCUGUCAUCCGGUACUUUGCCUCCUCGAGAGGGGCGAUGCCUUUCGAACGGACUUCGUUUCCAGGACUUACAGUAUGUGGUGCUAUAGAUGUGGAUGGCCUAAGUACAGACUUUUGCACAGAUGAGCAGUCAUGGGAAGCUCACAUAGACCACAACAUCGAGUUUCCAACUGGUCUGGUGGAUGAUGUCUUCCUCCACAUCUAUGAGCGCAGACACGUAGGAAAUCCUACACGCGCAAAGAUUCGGCGAUAUGGCUUCAAAACACUCAAUGGGGAUUUAUUGCCGUGGCGGCUCCGCCAGAGAAUGAUACCGUUACCCGAGCAGAGUGCUGUAGCUGUACAUAACAUCCGAUCGUGUGCGAGUUCACUAUCGAGAGAAGCAUGGGCUGAAGUCUUGACAACAACGGAAUCGCGUGCUUUCCUCACCGCCAAUUCGACUCAUGUAUUAGAUAUACAAGCCGAUUGCCAUUCAACGGCUUUUCUAAAGUGGCGAUUCCAUGCACCGGUCGCAGAUAGUAGUCUGGACAUCAGAAUCAUCUAUUCAGAAGGUUAUGAGCUCGAACCGCCAGCGUACCCUUUCUUUCGAAAGAAAGCAAACAGAUUGGACGUCGAAAAUGGCCAAAUCCAUGGACCGCGUGAUAUCGUCUCUCUAAGCGUUCUUAAAGAGCAGAUUGUGGAAUACGAGCCUUUCUGGUUCCGCACUUUCCGGAUCCUGCGCAUCGAGUUGACAGUUGGCGAUGCACCUGUAGAACUGUUGGAGCUUGAGGCAACACAAAUCAACUACCCCCUCGACAUCAAAGCAAAAUGGAACGACUCGCUCGAUGCCGAAACAAACAGCAUAUGGGACAUAUCAGUCAGGACGAUGCAAAACUGCAUGCUCGACGGCUAUUCAGAUUGUCCAUUCUAUGAACAGCUCCAAUACUCAAUGGACAGCCGCGCGGUCGGACUCUUCCACUACCUCCUUUCGGGCGACGACAGGCUCAUGCGGCAAGGCAUAGUACUAUUCGCAUCCUCCGUCACUGCAGAAGGUCUGACACAAUCACGCUUCCCUUCGCACACUAACCAACUCAUUGCGGCGUUUCCUCUCUACUGGAUCCUACAAGUCUGCGACCACCAUCUCUAUUUUGGCGACGCUCGAUUCUCACGACUUUUCCUGCCUCGCAUAGAUGGUGUUCUGGACUUCUUCGACGCUUAUAUCAACGAAGACGGUCUCGUGGCUGGGCUACCUGAUGAUGUGUGGCAGUUUGUCGAUUGGGUGACGACUUGGGGUGCGACGGAGGACUUCCCUGACAAAGGAGUGCCCACUGCAGGGAGGAAGAAUAACAUCUACACAUACUUCAGCAUGCUCCUUGCACAUGUCCUCGACAAGACCGCAAUGCUUGUAAGAGACAUCGGACGACCUGGCUACGCCACCGAGUACGAAACGCGAGCUUCAUCUCUCCGCAAAGCGGUCCGCAAGCAUUGCUACGACGGCACCUUCUUCACCGAUUCGCUCGCAAACAGUGCAGACGACUCAUCAUACUCCCAACACUGCCAAGUCUUCGCCAUUCUCUCAGGUUGCGCGGUUCCUAAGGACUAUACCCGACUCUUGACUGAUUCAUUCGCCGAAGGGUCCAAGUUCUCGAAAUGCUCGUAUAUGAUGCUCUUCUAUGCCCUUCGCGCUUUCUCGAUGGCAGAAGAUGGACUAUAUGAACAAUUUUGGCCUCGUGCGAUUGCUCCGUGGCGCAAAAUGGUGGCCAAUAAUCUAUCUACAUGCGAGGAAGAUGAUGUGAGGCAGCGGUCAGAUUGCCAUGCAUGGUCUAGUGUGCCGUUAUACGAGUUCUGUACAGAGUUGGCAGGGGUGCAAGUCGUCGCAGCCGGUGCGUCGAAAAUCCUUUUCAAGCCUCGGCUGCGCUUGGAGAUGGCAUUUGAAGCAAGAGUUGCAGUCGGGAGAGAUAAUGUUGCAUUCGUGAACUGGACGACAUUAAGUGAAGGUGGAACGCAAGUUGAACUAAGCUUGACGAAGGCUGUAGAGCUGGCUAGUCAGCCGCCUGGUCGCCAGAUCGUGGAGCAUGGUUACGUGGAUCGAAUUCUGCUAAUUUUUAAGGAUUAGGGUAUGUGGUGUAUUCGCGUGUGCCUACUUGCUAUGACCGGGAACAGGGAGUACCGUCUUUGUUUACAAGCCGUAUCAUAAUACUGUAUAUCAUUAGGGGUCACAUGUUUCAGUGACUCCUCAUACCACUAGAGAUCCGUAGUAACAAAUGCAUCACAUAUGGCAG